AUGGAUGACGAAGAAGAAGAAGUCCACUAUGAAACUGAAGAAGCUUUCGUUCUCGUCCAGGAUACUGCAAGAAUCAGCCGCGAUUCUAGAGCCAAAUGGAUCAUCGACAGUCUUUUCCGCGAAAAAGAAAACAUCUUCCCGGACAAAAUCGACAUCAUCGGCCACACCAAAGAUGGCGACAUCACGGACGAAGUCGACGUCGUCUUCAUCUUCAAACGCUACCGAUUCGUCUUUCUCUUCGAUCUCUCCUCCUCAGCGAUCCGCGUCAAUCGACUUACUUCAAUGGUGAUCGUUGACGAAAUGCUGGAAGCGUUCGAAAUUGUACUCGAAAAUUUGCUGAAAGACUACCAAGUUCCGGGACAAUUCGACGAUUCGUUCAUUACACCGGAGAUUUUCUGCACUCUGAUCGGUUUCUUGGGUGAAGAAAAUGGCCAUGUGGUUUUUGAACAGGAUAGAUACUUGACAAAAGCGACGAUUCCAGCAACAAUGGAGCUUCUUAGAGAAAAGAUCAACUACGCAUACGAAGUGAAACGAACCAAUCGAAAAAACGUCUCCGAUGAAGGGUUGGUUCCAAUGCUCCGAACUGGAAUUCUAGCGCUUCAACUGCUACCAUCGAACUCGAUCGCUGGAAUCUGCAUCAUCACUGAUGGAUGCUCGGAUAUCUAUUCCUUGGAAACGUCGAUGAUGAUGAGAGAAGGGCAUGUCCGAGCGAUGGGAAAUAUGCUCAGAGGAGAGUCCAACAUUUGCGACAUUUUGAACAGGCUUCGCAAUCAGACUAUUUCCUGCUCUUUCGUCCAGGUCACCGAAAACACGCCGAUGAACUCAUUCGGCCUUGUCCCUAAUGCUCAUUUGAUGAAAUUCAUCUCCGCCGCGACGCAUGGAAUGUUCAUCAACCUCGACUUCAAAACUCGCCGCUCUUGGCCGCCUAAAUGGUGGUCGAAGAAUCGAGACUCGGAAGAUGUCCUGAAUCCGAUCGCUCGUGGACUCCUCACCUGGUCUUUUCAAAAAGGACUUUAUUGCGGAAGAUAUUUGCCUGGAACCGAUAUUUACUACAAUAUUCCGGACAUUAUUCGAAGAUGGCAUAAGGCUGAAAACUUGUCCUACUCUAGAGGAAUCAUCAACAAGAAACAAGUCAUUCUUUACGAAAAAGAGGUGAAGAAAACCCGCAGCUACGAGAUCCCCCUCGAAAAUCUCAUUUCUUGUCACCUCCGCGAAGGAUUUACGGUAAAAGAAUGGCGCGUAAGCAAAAAAGAACUUGUAUCGGCGAAACUUCUGAUGCCCUGGAAGCCAACUUCGCACAUCGUCUACUGCGCUCGACGAAAUUAUUCGGAUCCCGGCUCAACUACUGUGACGAUCGCCAUCGAAGGCCAGUUUGAGUUUUUGAUGUGCGAAUUGAACCACAAAAAGAAGCAGAACACCUGUAAUGUCUGCACAAUGCGAGGGAAGACUGCGACGAACGAGGCGAAUUCCGGCGUUCAUUGGACUCAAAUCUACGUCAACGAGCUUCACAACACUGACAACAUGCUCGAAACACUGUAUCUCAUUUCGAAAACGGGCGAAGCAGAAAGUCUGGAGACAGAAUCCCGUGAUGUUUGGAAAGAAAUCAUUUCGCUUCCAGAGCACAACUGGCAAAAGUGGUUUCAUACGCACAAAUUGGAGCUGAUUCUCAAGCCGAAUUGGAUCGUGGACCAUGUUCAGCCGAAUGACUUGUUUCUGCGAAACAGCAACUUGGCGAAUCAAUACCCGCAAAUUGGCGCGGAUUCUUCUGAUUCCGAGCUCGGCGAGCUUCUUCUCAAGUGGAAGUGCUCCCUGGGCGAUGAAGGAACGAUAAGCUGGCAUGUCGACAACAGAAAGACCUUCGUCUACAAGACUUUGAAGAACGGACGGUCUCUCUCUUCUCAACCUCCGAGUUAUCAAAAAGAAGGGUUCGUGAUGAUCCGAAAAACUCAACUUGGACUUGUUUCCAUCAUCAGAGUCGCAUUCAAUGUUGGAAUGAGUAUCGAAAGAAGAGGCAUCAUUUUCGAAAGCAUAAAAGAACACCUGACGAGUUCCGAUCGAAGUCCCUUUUGUCAUGUCCUCAAAAAGCCCCUUGCAAGCACAUAUCUUCUCAUCAAAUACAAAACGCUGCCGAGAAAGCUCUGGUUCUCCCCUCUUGUCAAUUCCAAAUCCACGGACAAGCCGGUAGAAGAAUCAUCAACGCCAAAUUGGCAUGUUUUCUCGUAUCUUCAUCAGCGGCGAUUCGUCUGGGAGGUGAAAUGUCAUCAUAUCAACGCGCUGAAUGAUAUCAUGAUGGAUUUAUUCAAAGACCGGCUCGACGAUGGCUUCAAAAUCGUGUUCUCAGGCAACGAUGGUCCAAUCACUCUCGCAGACGAGGGACAAUUCGAGAGGGAAGCGGAUAGAAUGCAGCAAAAAACUCACGAUAGAGAAGAUACUGGGAUUAUUCAGAUCGUUCUCUUUCCUCCAAUAGAACUUCCGCGAAAAUCCUUCGCCGACGAAGAAGAAGACCGCUCAAAUGGCAUUAAAAUAUCCACAUUUCACGUCGCCACCGAAGUAUGGGUGGAACCACGUCGGGGAAAUCUUGCAAGAGGUCCUCCCGGAUGCGAAGGAAAGAAUUUUCUGGAAAUCGCACAGAUCCAGAUGACGCGCGAUCACCAAAUGAUCAUUUUUGAAACGACGUUUAAUUUGAUCAAGUCGCAGUGUCGAGCGAAGAAGCCCUGGGACAGCUCCUUUGCUUUCAAAGACCUGAAGCAAAACUCAAAGCCGGCUGGGUUCGAGAACACAAGCGGGGUAAAAGAAGUGAAGAUGAAAUACCUCGACUACUCAUUAGAUGAAGAAUUCGAAAAUCGAAUGGACCGGAUCUUCUUUAUGAACAACACCCACGACAUUGGAAUAAUGUUGUAUCACGGCAAUCAUCGCCUAUUCGGCUUCUCGCUGCUCGAAUCAACAACCGAGGAUAAAAACCAACCGAAUCCUGGAAAUGAAGUGCUUCUUCAUCAAUUCCAUGAAGUGCUGAAAAUCCGAUCAGAUGUUUCUCUCGUUCUUGAUUCGGUUGAAAACAUGAAGUGUCCGAUUCAAGAAUUUCUUUGUGAAAUGCUCGGCAUCCGAAAACGCGAUCACAAGGAAUCCGGAAGUACAGUUACUGACUAUGACAAUUAUGAAGAGGAUAAUCUGUAUGAUGGAAACUACGACUCAGACGAGGACGGUGAUGAUAAAGCGCAUUCCGCAGGAUCAUGUGAUGGAGGUCUGCCGAGAUCGAACAUGAACAAUACUCCUCACUGGGCAGUUUAUGCAAGAUAUGUUGAUGAAAAAGACAGUUUGAUCAUCACUGCUCUUCCUGAGCGUCUGAGCGAUGUUGCCCUUCUUGAGUGCAUUUCUCCACAGCUUUUUGACAAAAUCAAUCCUCCAGAAGACGAGCCGCGGAAUUCUGAUUUCCAAGGAGUUGUUUCUGACGAAGAAAUUGAGUCUCGACUCAGAAAAGAUUCUGAAGUUUCUUUCUGCCGGUCCAGCUACACUAGCGACGGAAUUCUCGAUCUUCAGAAUCGAAAACACCGUGGAAUGUUGCCAGUUCUUGUGACUGUUUCGGAACGGGCGAAGGUUCGAGAAGCGAUAAACAAGAUGAAGCCAAUGAACAAAAAAAUGACGGUCAUGAAUAAAUGCUGGAAGCCAGAGCUGAUUGAAUCGAUGAAGAAGCAAGAAUCCGUAAGACAUGAGCGGAAUAAUUCUUUCAGCCCGUUUGUUCCAAAGCUCCAGUUCGUCGAAGAAGCCGAUGAUGCCUUUACAAAAUACUUCACGGAACUUGAAGACCUCUACAACCGCAGUUUUGUCCGUGGAGUUUAUCAUACUCUUGGCGAAAAAUCUGUGUCCAGCGACCCGCUUGUUUCUUCGACCGAUUUUCACAUUGCCUUGUACGAGCAUUGCGUCCCGGAAGAGAAGAAAAUUGUCAUCACUGAUGCAAUUUUAUCCUGGUGCCCCGAGUGGCGCGUGAAUUUUGACGAGCAAAUGCGGCAAAACGAAGCUGCGGGCGACAAUAUGGACUUAGAUGUUGAUGAAGAAGUCUUCCGGAAUAGACUUAUGAGGCGCCGAAGCGUUACUUCUAUCUCUCGCGGAAGCAGUGAUGAAGGAAGUUCACUGAGUUUGGGUUCCCCGAAGCAUGAAAAUCGUCCAAGCUUCUUCAUGGGCGAGCCGAAGCCCUCCGACACGACACUGGAAGAUCGAUCGCCUCCUCCUCAGCUUCGAAAUCGCUCUAUAGACGUCAACACGCCUCGGCGGCAACAAGACGCGGAAGAGGAGCUUGAAACGGCUGCAAAAUGCUCUGAACUUCUCUACGAAAACAUCGGCCAUUAUUUCCGACUCUUCGCUGACGAUCAGGAUCAUGAAUGCUCGACUUUUUACUUCGUCGAGCCAGAUUAUACUCACGGCGAGUAUUCUCCUCAUAAUGAAAAUUUCUCCCAAGACGGAUUUGGACGAGACCAAAUUGUGGAAGAAAAUCAAAGUGAAGAAGAAGACGACAUUGUUUUCGAACAUCAGCAGACCAAGGAGGAGCAGAAAACCACAAUCCACGACUACGAUUUCGAGCAAAUGUCGUGUGAAGGUCAGCUUCUCGCGACAAUUACGGAUGACGAGCCUCAAGCGAAUGUGUCCGAUCUCACCAACGCUGAAAGCGAUCGAUCGAAUUUCAUGUCGUCGCAACUGGAAGACGAGCCGACCCUCCACCAGCCGCUCUUUCUCCAAAUGGAGAUGCAAAUCUGGGCUAGUGGCGAGUGCAACCGCCGUUUCUCCGGAGAAACCGUUCCUCUCAAGAAGGAGUUUUUCACGUCAAUUCAAAAACUGGUGCAAAAAGUUAACAAUAUAAAAACGGAGCAAGAACGAAUUAACAGAGUUAGACUGGAUGAUAUUCAAGUACAGCUGGUUUUCAUGUUCUUCACUAUCCCAAGCGAUGUGUUCUCGAGCGGAGAUGAUGCCGAAACGAGCUCGAACGUCGGAAAAAUCCCAAUGGGCUUCGAAGACAAAAUCAACAAGACCUUGAGCUCUAUCCAGAUGAUCAUUGAAGACGAGAUCGUCGCGGCGAGAAGAAAACAAGGAAUCAUUACAUCCGAAAUUCUCGAAAAAGUCAAAAAGCAUGUGGAAGAAAACGAGUCAAUCACGCAAACUGACGUUCAUCGCCACAAUUUAAUGUGCAACGGGCGAGAAAUAACGCUCGAAUUCGUCAAUGAAAAGGACGAUUAUGCGGAAUCGAUCGAGCGAUUCAGGGAAAAUUUGCUCCGACACGGCUACUUUGGCAGCACAAACCAUGGCUUUUCUCUUCCAUCAACCCUUUUCGAGAGCAAAGAAGAUGGGCCAGACGUUUAUCAGGACUUCCAAUUCGAUUUGAAGUCCGAGGGCAAAUUUUUCUACGUCACCUUGACCCCUAGAAAGACUGGGGAUGCGCCUCUAGAAGAGCAUGGAAGUGAUGUCGACAUCGCUAGUAUUCAGAGCUCAAACGGAGGGAUUGGCAAUGGCGGAAAAAACUCCUCAAACGCGAGUCUCGGUGAAUUGAAUGGAACACUUGAAGGAGAAAUCACUCUUCCGACAUUUGUUGACCAGCCUUAUGACCAGCGUCCCCAGCUGUAUGAAGAAGAAGAUCGAGAAGUUCAAAGCAUUUUGUCUCCCGUUCACAAGAGAGGCAGCAGAGGUCACUUACCCAUAUCUCGAACGCCAACGACCAUGACUUCCUCUGCAUCUGAUCAAUUCAAUAGAACUUCUGGUGAGUCCAGUGGAGUCCGAAGAAUGAGUCACGGAGGAUUCAAUCGUGACGAUCACGAGGAUCUAUGGCAAGUGCCGAACUUCUGGCUUAUCAUGGAAAUCGAUCUCCUCGAGGAAUAUCAAUUGAAGAGCCAGAAUGAUGAUCGACUUUUUAAUUUUUCGCAAAAUCGCAGAAUACCCGUAAUGAAGCUAUAUCACCACAGAAGAAGAGCAGAUAAUCCUUUCGCGGUAAAAAUUCAGGGAGAACGAAUCAGCUACGGAACAACCAUUCAUCAUGAAGCAAACGAAAUCGGACAAACAUCUGAUAUUCAUUCUAACAUUUCAAGAGGAAUUCAAUAUAGAGAUCCAAAUGUAACGGAUGCUGACGAGCGAUUCAUCAAGGAGAUCGAAGAUUACAUCAAAAGCAUCGUGCAGAAAGUUAACCAAAUGUAUCUGCUCCACGAUCUGUCCACCUCUUUCGAAUGCCAUCCAUAUUUGGUAGAAAACAAUGGGCCGCUGGAAGACGACAUCUGCGACUUCUUGAACUUCGAGCCCGGCGAGUUCGCCUGCGCGAAAAUCCACGAGAUCGAGAUCCAGCUCCAUCCUAGAAUAACCAAGCGUCCUCGGGAAGGAGGUGAUUCUAUCGCCGUGUCGAAUCUCAAGAAGAAAUUCCAGAACUUGCGGGUCAAGAAUCGCCAGAACAUGUUCGUCAUCAUGGAGCGCGAACGAAUCGUUUAUUUCUUCAUCGACAGGAAACAUCAGGAAUCACAAGAGAUCUCUUCUGGACAGCUGUUGACUCAUCGCUCAAUUUCGAUUGAAUCAACUGAUGUUUACGGUGAUCAUUUCAAUCACCAGAAGCCAGUUCGCCUCAACUCAAAUGGCAGCAUUGGUAGACCACCUCCAAUAAACACGCAAUUAGCAAACAGCAAAUCUUGUCAAAAAACUAACUCAGUAACGAUCGACGUACACGGCCUCUCUGACGAUUUUGGCGACGGCGAUAUAAAGCCAGCUCUUCGGGAGCUCGAGCGAAAAGUCGAACUCGUCCUCUACAAUGCGACCCUCCAAGCGCUUUCAACAACAAUCCACCGAAAUCGAAAUGAAUUCCUUUCUACCGCCGACGUCGAAUUCCUCCAACCACGAUCGAAAAAUGAUAAAUCAACACCCGAACCGCCCAGUUUCUCGUAUUUCUUCCCGAUUCCCCGGUGUCUUUACGCCAAUUUCCGCCGCUUUUCGUUCUAUUUAUCGCAAAUCCUUGAGUCUACGGAGUUCCAAGUGUUCAUGACUGCGAAUCAUAUUCAAUACGAAAGGCCUCAAAAGCCGAAAUUAUCCGUACACUCAGCUGGAAAAGACGGGCCCGCACAAGGCUUUCUCGACCAAAACUCUUCUUCCGAUAGAAAAUCAACAAAGAAGAAAGAAACGAUCCAUCCCGAGACGCCUUUUCUCCGCCACAAUGCUUCGCAAGGCCGAAAGCUUCACCCAGAAGAGGUGAUUAUUUUCAAUUCAAAUUUGCGCCGGAAAAACUUUCCAAAUCGCCAAAACAAACGGACUAGCCAGCAUAUUCCUUCAACAAACAUUUCUCCCGAUCCGACGCAGGCUAAAAUCGCCGUCAUCUCCUAUGAAGUUUAUGAUAAAUCAAAUCUCAUCCCCACCAAAACUGAUCUUCCCUCCGAUAAAAAGGAGCAACCAAAGCAAAACGCCUCUGAAAUAUUCCUAGACGAAGCAGAAGCCAUCAUUCAAUCAAACUCACCCACAGAUAAGCAGCUCAAAGACAACAUGAUCAUCUUUCGCGAAACAGGGUAUAACUUCGCCGAGCCGACGAUCGUCUUUUGCAUGUGGAUGCAAGAUUAUAAAGAUUCAAAAGAGAAGACGUCGGACAAUUCCACAUUCCGGCCAAAUGUGCACGGAGUCAAGAGCAUGGUCUACAAGUCCCUCUCUCGUCUUGUCCGAGCAGCGAUUUUCGACAGUUUGAUGGAAAUCGUCGUUUUGCAGAAACCGAUUGGCAUGAAUUUCGAUCGACCGAUUUGUUCGAUAGAAAGUCGGCAAAAAGGGACGAAAACAUGUCCAAAAGAAGUUCACAGCUCUCUUAGACGAAGAAAGGACUCUCUCACUUCUGCCAGCAUCGACAUGUCAAAAUCCUUUUCGAAAAAAUCACUGUUGCUGUCGAGUGAAAAUGCUGAAACCGACGGCGCGAACUUCCAAAAAUCCCGAGGCAUUUCAUUCUUGAAAUCGCGAAACAACGAGAACAAAGCCCAGGAGCAAGCGAGCACCCGGCUCCAAGAAAAACUUGACGUCGAAAGUGGCCUAACUGGUGCGCUACAUAACUACUACAAGAACCAGUUCCGCGAUUGGAUUCGCAAAGAAUCAAAAUCUCCGACGAAUAACGUUCAAAAUGCUCCCCACAUGAACGAGCUCUCUCAUCCAACGAUCAAUUUUGUUGACUUUUCGCGCCAAUCAAUUCGCGUUCCAUCCUGGAAAAUAUUCGAAAAGAGCUGCAUCAAGGCGAUACGGGAUCGAUUCUCCGACUUGUGGGCUAAAGCAGCGGGAAUCGAUGAUCAGGAGAAUAUCUGCAGAGUUUUCUAUCGGAAUGAAACUGAAGGCGAUUUCGUCCCGUCACGUUUUUGGAAGAAUGUGAAGCAAGUUUCUGGCCAAAAGGUGGAGGUAACCAUGUUCUUGAGAGACAACGAGGACUGGCAAAGAUGCACCAAUCGCUCCGAAGAAGGCCCUUCUAGCAUCUCUCGCAGCGGCUCGAUGACUUGUAUUCGUCCAAAUAACUCACGAAACUACGCAAAGUUCAACAACGGUCCUACUGCCGACGGCGACUACGAGCUCUCCCGUCAAUCCUGCGCCAUGUUGACUCUUGAAAACUCAGAAAUCGUUGGAAACCCCACACUGUGUCUGUACAUGUACAACGUCUCCGAAAACCUCGCGGAUCAAAUGGUCGACUUCAUUAAAAAGCUCUUGACCUCUCAGUUGGUGAGAUACGAGCUUUUGACAGCGAUAACGAAGCUCAAACUCGGCCUGAGCUCGCCGAUUCAGCAUCAACUUCAAUACGACAGCUUGCCAUCGGGAAAUUUGUUCUCUGUUCCAGAUCAUCGGAAGUCGAAAAAAUGCUACGACUACCAAGACGUGGUUGAAAACAACAUCGACAACUUGCAAAAACCAGCGCCUGACAAAUCGGUCGUGAUCAACUCCUUCUGCGCCGCCUUCCGAAACACUUCCGACAUCCCAGCGCUAGAAAAUUGCGGGGAUCCUCCAACCAAUCAUGGGCGCCAGUUUCUUGCGAUUUCGGAAUCCAAAAAGGCUUCAAAGGGAGAUCAACAGGAUUCCCGCCUUUCUCACAUUCUUCAUGAAUGGGCUGAGACCACCAAAGAUGGCCGAUUGAAUGACAUUGAAAUUUCCCAUGCGGACUUGCAGCUGAUCAAAACUUUUUCCACCGUAAAGCACUUUGAAGUUGAGCCGAUUUGGUUUCACUCUGACAAGUGUUAUGUUAUAAACAAUCCGACACGGCAAGAAUUGAGAAAACGUAACAAAACACCACCUGGAGUUGAAGUUUCUCGAAUGCGACCACGGGCAAAAAUGGUCGUUUCUAGCAGACAACGGCCUAACCCGGGGAUCACCGCUUCUAGGAGAAUGAACAAUCUUGGCGCUCAGCCUCCUGCCCAAUUCGACCAACAAAGCGGACGAAGAAGGCGUCAGAAACAAGCGUUUUUCGAACUGACGAGUAAAUAUGUCAAGGCGCAUUUCCCGGCAAACUCCGUCAGGAAUAUUCAAUUCUCGGACAAGGACGAUUCUUUCUCGACGAUUUCCUUUCAAUUCUGUAUUGAUCAAAUUUUCACUAUCGUCUUUGAAAUCAUGAUCGAUUUGGAGAAGAAAAACACGGUUUCGAUGACUGUUUUUGCGCUCAACAUGGCUCUCGUGAGUUCGGAGCGAGACGACUUCGAUACCUGCGAAAAGCUUUCAUCCCUAGACAGUGCGAUCGAUUUUAACGUCGAAAAAUUGGUUAAAAACUUCAAUUUCCCUGGUCUGAUGGCAGAAGUCCAUCUUUCAAUCGUUUUCCGGGACUGGUCUGACUACUACAACUUCGAAAUCCGCAAAAUGAGUCGCUACUACCCCGGAAUUCCAAGAGCCAAAGAAAGCCUAUUUCCCCUCAACUUUGACUUCCCGAGCUAUUUGAGUUUUCUCAUGCAGCAGAAUUUCAAGGAAAAACUGGUACACGGGGAUUUCCACCAGGGGUCCCUGAUUGUGCCGUACACGCACAAUAUUCCGGCGAAGGAUUUCUUCAAGGUUAGAAUUAACUUCUUCAAGUAUUUGGUCAAAGACAGUACAUUGGACAGGGAUUUCGAUACUAAGCCGAUUCAGUUUGUCGAGUUACGCAGCGAAAGAAAAAUCCGCGACGCAGACGAAAACCGAAGCUACAUCCUCCUCCAGCGCGAAUACGACUCUGGAGCUUUCAAAACCGUAGCAAUCAUCUACCACGACGACAGUGCCGAACCUGACAAAGAAGAAAUAAAACAACUUAAACUCGCCUACUGGAUCAUUUGCGUCCAGAACCCGGACAAGUCCACCAACUUGACGUUCAAUGACGCCAUCGCUUUGAUCGAAAAAGAAGUGACUUCGAAAGACGCCGGAUUGCCAAAAUUAUUCGACAAUGUCGGCGAAAAGUGCUACAAAGACCAUCUUUGGAAACUCCAACAAACUGGCACCGCCGCCUUGUCCGACUUGAAAGAGCUGCUCAACAACGCUGAUGUGGCAGUGAUGGAGAUUUCCCACGAGCUUGACGAACGAUUGAAGACUUUGAGUCGACUUGGAAACGAGUGGCUCAAGAAACUGGGUACAUUUAUUCGAGAGGAAUGCUCAAAGGAUAGAAUUCAGGUGACUCCUUACGAAGACACAAGUGGCAAGUGCCGUCAUCUGGCAGUCUUUAACCAAUCUGGCGACUACUCCAUCCUGAUCCUGCUCACCGUAAGCGACAACGACGAAGAAACACGAAUCCGCGCGCUGCUUAAGGAUAUUCCGCGCGGAACUCAGUGGGAGGAAAUCUCCAAAGCAGGAAAGUAUCGAAACAGCUGGAUGAACUUGCGCACGGAAAUAGAAAAUUUCAUGGUCGCCAUUACUCUCUUCCUCGUUAAAACUAUGCUAGACGACUGA